GACACGCCGCCAUUGCCAACCCAACACUAGCAUCCCCCUGCCCUUUCCAACAUAACCUCACUUGUCGGAAAAGUCUGUGAUCAAUUUCUGCUGCCACAGUCAGCUGGAAAAUGUCCCAUCAAGAAAAACCAGUGAAAAUAUCGAAACAGUUACGUUUAAAAGCCCAAGAAUUCCUCUCAUCUCGCAAAAAUACGGAAAAUUUGCUCGACAUAGUACGUCAUUUCGAAUCGGGUGCGGACUUGUCAUCAUGUUUACUUACAUUGGAAUUAAUUUUCACCAACCUGCUAAAAGACAGAAGCAUGUACAUAGAAGUGGUGCCCCUCAAGCCAGUGGAAAAGACCGAAAUCAACCAGUACAAGGAGUGGCUGAGGAACGUGUACGAAGGCUGCUUUGCUAGAAUAUCGGAAUGCUUAGAGAGCGACUCGCAUAAAAUACAAAUUCAGGGUUUGUCUACUGCCAUGAACAUUCUAUCGCACGAAGGAAAAUGCCCCUUAGAAGCGAAAGGAAGCCUCGAGUCGUACGUCCCCCUAAACCGGCUCAAACUAGUUCUGAUGAAACUCCUCUCCAACAAACACAACAACAGCCAACUUAUCAACAAAUACACCGAGUAUCUACUUUACAAUGACAUUUUGUUUUUCACGUGGAAGCUGCUGCCGUCUCUAACCGCCAAAACCAACCCCAACGAGCUCUACAUCGUGAACUAUCUCCUCCUGUUGGAGAAACUCCAGCUGAAGCAGCACCCCGAGCCCCAAUUCCUCUGCGGCAGCAACAACGGUGAAUUCUUCACGUUCGACGAGGCGGCCACCACGCGUGCCCUCAAUAAAAUCUGGCACUGCGUCAUGCUGUGGGAGCACACCCCGCAGACGCACAAGCAGCUGCUUAUCGUGCUCCUCGAGCGCGUUCUGCCCCACUUAGAAAAACCUCUCCUUUUGACCGAUUUCCUGAUGGACUCUUUGGAUAUAGGGGGGCCCGUUAGUUUAUUGGCGCUGCAGGGGAUUUUCACCAUGAUCCAGGUCCACAAUCUCAACUACCCAAACAUAUUUGCCAAAUUGUAUUCCAUGUUCGAGCCGGAAAUAUUCCACACGAAGUACAAGGCCCGGCUUUUUUAUUUGUCGGAUUUGUUUUUGAGCUCGACGCAUUUACCGGAGAAUUUAGUCGCAGCUUUUGCCAAGAGGUUGGCGAGACUGGCCCUGAUAGCCCCCUCGGAGGACGUCGUGAUCAUUUGUAUGUUCAUAGGAAAUUUAAUUUUGAGACACCCCGGUCUCAAGUGUUUGCUCAACCACCCGACCGGCGGCAGCGCCUCAACCGACCCCUACAUAAUGGAAGAACGCGACCCAUUAAAAUCCAACGCGAUCAACAGCUCACUCUGGGAGAUCCAAACCCUCCAGCAGCACGUCCUCCCCAACGUGGCCACCGCCGCCAGAUUCAUCAACUCCCCGCUGCCGAGCGUCGAGUGGGACCUCAGCCGCGUCCUCGACGACACCGGCGACGACAUCUUCGACAAGGAACUCAAAAAGCACAGCAAACUGAUAGCGCUCGCGUUCGACAAGCCCAACGGCGGCGCCCUGUCGAAAAACGAAAAAGUCUUACAGUAUUGGAACAUCUGAAUCACUCUCUCACUCCAUCGUUUCAUUCUGGGAUGCAAAUGCCAAGACUGAUUGGUGACGAUCAGGUUUAUUUCUUUCACUUUUUUCCAAAUAAUGGCUGAUUUCUCGAAAUAAGUUGAUAUUUAAAUGUGAUAAGGGCGGACGAGUUCUAAAGGGUGUGCCUUGCGGGCCAUUAUUUUGAUUAAGGUCGGACAUAUCUUCAAAAUUCACCACAUGUAGAGACAUCCGGGGGACUUUCAGCGUUCGAUUUCUAAGUCUUUGAAUGAAAUGAUAUCAUGUUUAUUACUUCAAUUUUUAUGUGUAACGAUGUACAUUUUUCUGUUAAUUUUAACGACUCCACAUUGUUAUUAAUUUACCUAAUGAAAUAGACGGUGAUAUUUUUAUGCCUAACGUAAUCUUAAAAACAACAAAAAACAACAUUGCUGUGUUAUUUUUUAUGUAUUAAUAUUCUAGAAUAGUUUUUCUUAAUGUGUAUUGUUAUUCCUAAUUUUUGAUGUUGAAUAAAAUGUUGCUUUUUUCAA